AUGGUCACAGGACCUAUGGGGAAAGGGCGUGAAAAAAUCAAAUUGUCCAGCGUUCUCUGUAGUGCCGGCGCACCAAUUGAUUGCGAUGCUGUUGAAGAUAGCAAUGAUCUUGACGACGACGGUGAGGAAGACGUGGAUGGCGUUGACAAUGACGAAGGGGACAAUGACGGUGGGGCCGCUUGGACGCCUGCACGUCCACCGGAUCGUGAACGAGGCGGCGAACAAGGCACCCGCAAGUACGGUUCUGUCAUUUCUUCUAGCAGGUUCUGCUAA